UUAAAUGAGGAGAGCUGCACUUCACUUGCACUUCACUCUGCUGCAAACAUGGGGCUGCAGACUCAGGCUCUUGUCUCUACAAAAUGGCUCGCAAACAUGGUCAAUCGCAACCUUGUCGGACCGCGUCUGCGGAUCCUGGACACGUCCUGGUACCUGCCGAUGAUGAAACGAGACGGCAAGAAGGAGUUCGCGCAGUCUCACAUCCCGGGAGCGUCUUUUUUCGACAUCGACGAGUGCUCGGACAGGACCUCCAAGUUUGAUCAUAUGCUCCCCACCGAGCAGUUCUUCGCAGACUACGUGGGGAACUUGGGCAUCGGAAAUGACAGCCAUGUGGUUGUUUACGACGCCAGUGAUUUUGGGGCGUUUUCCUGCACCAGGGUUUGGUGGAUGUUCCGGUUGUUCGGCCACCCUCAGGUGUCGGUGCUGAACGGGGGUUUCAGGACCUGGGUCAGGGAAGGACACCCAGCCACAGGCGCGUACACCAAGCCUGCAGCGGCGCGCUUCACCGCCACCAUGACCCGCUCCUGGGUGAAGUCAUUUGAGGACGUUACAGAGAACAUUUCAACUCAGCAGUACCAGGUGGUGGAUGUGAGGCCCAGGGAAAGGUUCCUGGGGAGAGAGCCUGAACCAAGAGAGGGUGUCCAGCCGGGUCACAUCCCUGGCUCCAAAUGCAUGCCUUUCCUGGAGUUUCUCGAUGACGAUGGCAUGAUGCUCUCCACAGAGAAGCUGAAGAAAUUCUUUAAGGAGUCACAGGUGGACCUGAAUAAGCCACUCUGCGGAUCCUGUGGCUCCGGGGUGACCGCCUGUCACAUGGUGCUGGCUGCCCAUCUGUGCGGCGCUCCAGGGGCGUCUGUGUACGAUGGAUCCUGGUAUGAGUGGUUCACCAAGGCUCCGCCAGAGCAUGUCGCCUCCGAGGUCAAAAGCAAGCUUUAAAGAGGACGAAAGCGUGACAAAGUUUUAUUUUCACAUCUGAUUAAAAAUUUACUUUGUUAAUGAUUGAUUCAUCAUACUUUAACUUUUUCAUAAAUACUUUAACUUCAGAAAUGAGUACAAAUAACCUCAAAUUUCUGUGAACAGAAAUGUCUGCAGGAGCAGAAGUGUAGGUCUGAGCCUUAAAGGGACCCCAAAAUCGAUAAUAUAUAUUCUUCCUCUUACUCUACACACAGCGAAACAAUCUAGACUGCUUAGUAGCACUACAGCUAAGAGGAUUUUUCUUUUUUUAUUAUGGAGUGAACUGGCCCUUUAAACAAAAAUGUGACUUUUAUAGGAUUGAAUGUCAAGAUUUUCAUGAUGUUUGAAACACGUUAACAGGAAUAACUGCUGUUGCUGUCAGACUCCCAUUUCAGACCUUAUUUACUGACCACAUUCAGUAAUAUAAAGUAUACACAAUCUGUCAGAUCUCAUGAAGAUGGUGCUAAAAGUUUCCAAUUUCUGUGUGUGUUUCUCUCUGACCUGAGCCUUUCUCUCAGUUAUCUGAAUAUAGCCGCCGGUUUAUGAGAAUAAUUGUACAUUUUUAAGCACUUAUCCAGCUCAUUUGUUUUGCCAAGCUUUGCUCUACUCUUGCACUUUGCCUUUUGUGGGCUAUUGGCACCACCUGCUGGUGCUUUAUAGGAAGUGCUCUUUGAUAAGAUGUGCCUUGGAGGACUUUGUGAGUCCAGUUUGUGUGAUGUAGCUUCUAUAAACGACCCUAGAUAAAGCACCUUAGUGUUUGUUUUAAUGAGAUUUUAUAUUUUAAUCAA